AUGUCUUCUUCCUUUCGCUUGCCGCGGAGUUCAUCCAGGGCUACGUAUCAGCACCUCGAGCACCAAGAUCCAGACACAGGGGCUGUCAUCUGGACAUCUGGCAGAGAAGAUGAGAUCCCCCUCCUCAGCGGCGACAGCAAAACGCCACCAGUUUCCACGAAAGACCUUGACCUCUUGGAGCCCCUUUCAACAGUCACGGAGAAACGCUACUGGUGGCAACGAGGUGAUGAACCAGAUGGUGAUGCCAUCGCGACUCAGAAAUCAGUGUUUGACGAUCCUGAGCUGGCAAAGAGAUAUCAGCCUCGUCCAGACUGGGAAAAUAUUCAUCGCUUUGACCCUUCUGCUAGAUGGACUUGGAACGAGGAGAGAAAGCUCGUGAGAAAGAUUGAUAUCCGCAUCAUGGUCUUUUCUUGUGUCAUGUUUAUGGCUCUACAGCUGGACAGGGCGAACCUCAGCCAGGCACUUUCGGAUAAUUUCUUACCAGAUCUCGGCCUCACCACUGACGAUUAUAACCUCGGGAACACGGUUUUCAAACUGUCGUUCCUCUGCGCCGAGCUCCCCUCGCAGGUCCUCAGCAAAUGGGUCGGCCCAGACAGAUGGGUUCCCAUGCAGAUAUGCGUCUGGAGUGUGGUAUCAGCCAGCCAAUUCUGGCUAACAGGCAAGACAUCCUUUCUCGUAAGUCGUGCUUUGCUGGCGAUAUGCGAAGGCGGCUUCAUCCCCGACGUCAUUCUAUAUCUUAGCUACUUUUACAAAUCUCAUGAGCUUUCGCUACGUCUUGCCUUUUUCUGGGCUGCCAUGUCACUCUCUGACAUCAUGGCUGGGUUUCUCGCAGCUGGCCUGUUGCAGCUCCGAGGCUUGCAUGGAUUUGAAGGGUGGCGGUACCUGUUUCUGAUCGAGGGCGCUCUCACUUUCGUUGUGGGCUUAUUAGCCGUCGGACUGAUGCCACCCUCGCCGACUCAGACGGCGAACUGGUUCCGCGGGGAGCAGGGGUGGUUCGAUGAGCGAGAGGAGGUGAUCAUGGUGAAUCGGGUGAUCCGGGACGACCCUAGUAAGGGCGACAUGCACAACCGCCAGCCCAUCACCCUCAGCCUCCUGGCCCAGAGCCUUCUGGACUACGACCUCUGGCCACUGUACGCGCUCGGCCUGGUCUGGGGCCAGCCCGUGACGCCGCCGCACCAGUACCUUACGCUUAUACUCCGCGAGCUGGGGUUCAGCACCCUUGUCACGAAUCUGCUAACUGUUCCCACCACGUUUCUGACCAUGUGCUCCAUCAUGGGCAUCACGUACCUGUCUGACCUUCUUGACGAGAGGGCUCUCGUAGCCAUGAUAUCUCAGAUCUGGGCGCUUCCGUUUCUGAUUUUUCUGUAUGUAGUAGAUGUCACGCAGAUUAACAAAUGGGCAGCAUGGAUGAUUUUGACGCUACUGCUGGCCUACCCAUCUCCGCAUGCCAUACAGGUGGGAUGGAACUCUCGCAACUCCAACGCAGUCCGGCUGCGCACCGUCUCGGCCGCCAUGUACAACAUGUGCGUCCAGACCGCCGGCAUAAUGGCGUCCAACAUCUACCGGGCCGACGACAAGCCCCGCUACCGCCGAGGCAACAGGACCCUGAUCGUCCUGGCCUGCGUCAACAUUUGCCUGUAUCUGCUCGUCAAGGUUUAUUACGUCUGGCGUAAUAAAACGCGUGAGCAGAGGUGGAACGCCAUGUCGGAAGAACAAAGACAGCAUUACCUGGAUACGACGACAGAUGAGGGGAACAAGCGUCUAGACUUUCGAUUUGCGCAUUGA